GUUCACGGAGUUCCUAAUGGAUUUCUUAUCAUAAAAUACCUGUAGUAUGGGUAGUGAACAAAGAAUUAAAAUACGUAACCAUGCAUCAUAUUUGGUUUUGUGAAUACUGUUCCUCAGCUGAAGGAAAUGAAAGUAGAAAGUAUUUCCCAACCCAGAAGGACUUCGUUAACCAUAUACGAACAUACCAUUUAGUUCGCAAGUUUAGAAACGAUUUGGAAACGUUUAUCUGUCGAUAUGGCCCAAAUAAUUUGUGUCUUCUAUCUAAUAGUUUGGAUGGCGUUGAAAACAAUUAUUCGUCUCAUGAUUCCCCCUUAUUCACAAGUCAGCGUGACUAUGAAAGACAUUUAGUGGGGUUUCAUCUCCUAAAACACCCUGUAUACAAACAUCCGGAUAUAAAAUCUCCGUUGUCAAUACCUCCUUCUCACUGUAACGAGAAACCAUCCCGCAAAUGGAGUGUAUACCAGUCAGUUGUAAAUUUACCAGCUAUUUUAAACGAUCCAAAUUAUCGUGAGAAAGAUAUAUUUGCAAAAUUAUGGGGUGAUAAAUUUGAAAAUGCUGAAGUUCUACCCAGUCCCCAUUUACCAGUAAUUACAGAGAAACAUUUUAUAGAAUAUUUUAACAAAAUUGGCGUUCGUAAACUGGAUAACAGUCUGGAUAAAUCAUCGCCUAAAUGUCAAAUUAAUUCACCGUCUAAUUCAUUCAGUGACAAUUCUCCUUUAGUGAAAUCAUCCAAAAAAGUUCUAAACAAUGAAUUGUCACUUGAUACAUCAACUACUUCAAUUCCCACUUUAUACUUUGAUCAAAAUUUCAAUUUGAAAGAUGAAAAAACAUUUUGUCAAGUUAUACCUUUACACCCACGUCAAUCUCACUUUCGUAAUGUUUCAAAUCCAUUUGAAAAAAUGACUUCAUCAUCCGAUAAAACAGACUCUGUAAAUAAUUCAAGUCGAUCAAACUAUCCUAAUGAAAAAUAUCUACAGAAAGAGGCUUUCCGUACUCAACAUGAUCAAUUGGUUAAUUAUUUAGAUAUUAUCGAGUUGAAUAUAGCUGAACAGGU